AAUUCACUCAAUUCGUUUCUUCUCCAAAAAGAAAACUCAACCAAGGGCUUAUACACAAACACACACAAAUCCCCCAAUCUUUUCUCCGGCAACACUUCCGAUAUCACCGUCGGAAAAUCAGCCGGCGAUGGCAGCUCUUCAGUACCUAGAUUCUCUUCGCAAUACUCAUCCGGAGCUCUCCGAUUGGUACAAUACGCUUGCAGAUCUGUACCAGAGGAAGCUAUGGCAUCAACUCACGUUAAAGCUUGAACAAUUCGUCGCACUCGCUGUUUUUCAGGCUGGCGAUGCUCUCAUACAACUAUACAACAAUUUCAUCACCGACUUCGAGACUAAGAUCAAUCUUCUCAAGCUUGCACAUUUUGCUGUUAUAGUAUCUCGCCAGUAUUCUUUGAAAGAAGAUGCCAUCAGCUAUCUUGAAGGAGUGAUCGAGAAGCUCAGAGCUACAAAGGAGACGCGUAUAGAGGAACCAAUCCUCUAUAUUAAGUUGCAAAUAGCUUCUUUUAAUCUUGAAAAAGGAGAUCAAAAGGAGUGUAAGAAUCUUCUAGAAGAUGGGAAGAGUACACUUGAUAGCAUGACUGACAUUGACCCAUCUGUAUAUGCUAAUUACUAUUGGGUGUCGUCUCAGUACCAUAAAUCCCGUCAAGAGUUUGCUGAAUUCUACAAGAAUUCUCUGCUUUAUUUGGCUUACACCUCCGUGGAGUCUCUUUCAGAUUCAUUUAAGCUGGAUCUUGCAUUUGAUCUAUCUUUAUCUGCUUUACUGGGAGAUAACAUUUAUAACUUUGGAGAACUGCUUGCGCAUCCAAUAAUUAAAAGUCUAAUAGGGACAAAGGUGGAAUGGCUCUACUACAUCCUUGAAGCAUUCAACGCUGGAGAUCUUGUUCGCUAUCAAGAACUAUGUCGUGUUCAUGCUGCUUCACUGAACGCUCAGCCUGCUUUGGUGGAGAAUGAGAAGAAGCUUCUAGAAAAGAUCAACAUUCUCUGCCUGAUGGAAAUUAUCUUCAGUCGUCCAUCAGGAGACAGAACCAUUCCAUUGAGCAUCAUUGCAGAACAGACAAAACUUACAGUUGAAGAUGUUGAAUAUCUUCUCAUGAAGAGUUUAUCGGUGCAUCUUAUCGAGGGAAUAAUUGAUCAAGUUGAAGGAACAGUUUACGUGUCGUGGGUGCAACCGAGAGUCUUGGGGAUAAGUCAAAUAAAAUCUUUGCGUGAUCGGUUGGACAACUGGGUUGGGAAGGUGCACACUGCUUUGGUAUCUGUUGAAGCAGAAACACCUGAUUUAAUUGCAUCUUAAGUUUUGUAUUUCGAAAAUAUUGUUUCUUGUUUUGUAACACUCAUGAGGAUAGUUGGUUACUGUGACGUUGAAGAUGAAGUAAUUUGUGUUGUGGGAUAACUCUGUGUAAGAUAUUUGUUUUCGUCUUUUCAAAGACUGUUUUUAUGCUGACUGCAAGCACAAAAGGUAGUUGCUGAACUUUCAUUGAACGUUAAUCUUUGACAGUCCAUUUGCGUGUUU